AUGUCAGCCUCGAAGUCAAUAAUAGUAACAGGAGCAAGCAGAGGGAUCGGCCUCGCGAUUGCGAAGUAUCUUCUCCAACAUUCUCAUAAAGUCUUCCUCGUUGCAAGGAGUGCGGGCCCUCUGGAGGCGUUGAAAUCGGAAUACCCAGGGCAGGUGGAAUUCUUAGCUGCUGAUCUUUCGGACUUUUCGGCAGGACCUAAGGCGGUUGAGCUCGCUUUGAAAGCUUUCUCCCAGAUCGAUGGCCUAAUCGUCAACCAUGGAACCCUCACCCCCGUGAAGAGAAUCGCUGACAGCACGCCCGAAGAGUGGCGAUCUCUUUAUGAUGUCAAUUUCUUCAGUGCGGUCGCAUUCAUCAAGCCCGCUAUUCCCUUACUUCGCAAAACACACGGCCGGAUCAUCCUGACCUCUUCGGGAGCCGCAACCGGCGUCUACAAGGCAUGGGGUGCAUAUGGAUCCUCAAAAGCAGCUAUGAACCACCUUGCAAUGACACUCUCCGCUGAAGAACCAGAAAUCACCUCUGUAUCCAUCCGGCCUGGCGUCAUUGAUACAGAAAUGCAAAGAGUGGUCCGAGAACACAACACCGUCAUGGAUCCCGACGAGGCAGAGAGAUUCAAGAGCUUGUACGAGGGUGGAAAGCUUCUGAGGCCAGAGCAGCCAGGACAUGUGAUAGCUAAACUAUCAGUGGAAGCGGACAAGGAAUUGAGUGGGAAGUUCUUGAGUUGGGACGAAGAAAUUCUCGAUAAGUACCAAGACUCAUAG